ACAGGAAGCGUUCACCUGUUUCGGGGCGUGGCCUCGCACGACUUCACUUGGGCCCACAUACUGAAACAUUCAAGAGGUCCAAACGGUUCUUAGCUUGCUUUGGAAUACGGCUGCAAACAACCACUUCAUAAUACCCUUGUGGAAAAAAAUAAGAGAUUAUUUCUUUUUUUUUUUUUUUUUUAAAUCAACAGCGGCGUUUUGACACCAUGCGGCGAUUAUUGGCCACCUGUAUCCUCUCGUCGCUACUAAAAGUGUCGCUGUGUAUUCAAGUGAACGUCCCCCAGGUGGAGCGCAGCACUGCUCUGUUUGCCUCGGUAACGCUGCGCUGUGACUUCUCCACGUCUGCACCGCUCCAGGAUGUGCUGGUCACCUGGAGGUUUAAGUCCUUCUGCAAGGACCCCGUGCUGGAGUACUACUCCACAGCUUACCAGUCCGCACUUCAGUUGGGCCAGGAUCCAGCUAACGACUGUCCCGAUCGCCAGCGCACGGUUCGCACCGUGAUUCAAAAGCGAGGAAACAAUGAGCCCAUACGCGGUGCGGAAUACCGAAAUCGCAAGAUCUCCAUCGAAAAUGAUGCCGAUCUGGUCAUCAACGAGGUGAUGUGGUGGGACAACGGCGUGUACUUUUGUGCCGUUGACGCACCCGGAGACACCACCGGAGACUCCGACAAAGAAAUCAAACUGAUUGUUUAUCAUUGGUUGACGGUCCUCUUCAUCAUCAUCGGAGCUCUGCUGCUCAUCAUCCUGUUUGGCAUCUGCUGCUGCCAGUGUUGUCCUCAGAGGUGUUGCUGCUACGUGCGCUGUCCCUGCUGCCCACAGCAGUGCUGCUGCCCAGAAAAAGCGGUAAUGCAGCACCGUAUGAUGAAGGAGGCUCAGCGGGCGAUGGUUCCCUGGAUGGGAGGGCAGCCCAUAUACGGACCAAUGAGUCAGGUUACCGCAUCUCAAAUCAACCCGAUGCUAUACGCAGUAGGGUCGGUGUCAGGGAAGAGCGUGCCUAUGAAGCCCAUGCCCCUCCCGCCACCGCAGUCCUCAGCUUACAGCAUGCCCCCGCCGAGCGUCCACGGCAGCCACACACCUGCCAACACCAAUCGCAUGCUUGACUACAUGGAGAGUCAGGUGAGGGGCUUGGACGUGAGCAGUCCGCUGCUGCAGGCUCAGCCGCCUCCACCCCCUCAUCACACGCAACAGCUCCCACCUGCCCCCCAGCACAUGCCCAUCAGCGUCCCCUUUUCAGCCGGGCCUCCCAGCAUGAUAUCCGGACUCGGCGAGGCGCCGUCGGAGCGCCGCGUCAUCACCCUCCCACCAAUCCGGGAACCGAGCCGAGUCCCGCCCCCUGCGCCCAAGACUCGCCCCCCGAGCUCCAGCGACAGCAGCCACGGCGGGUUCGGAUCCCGCGAGCGCGGGACACCGGGUCGACGCUAUCCCUCACCUGCGCGGUCCAGAGGCGUCCCGAGGAGCUACAGCGAGGAAUCGCUGGAUGCGCGGUCGCACGGCGGGGCACGGGGAGGCGUGGACCCCCCUCGAUCUCGUUCUAGGGACGAUCUAUUUGACAGCAGGUCCAGGGGAAACUACGCCCCACCGGGUUCCCGUCGACCAAGAGGGUCUUGGAGCUCCGAUGAUGAGGACUUUAAUCGGAGAGGAGGAGGACGGAGAGGGGGCGGCGGCUGGGGCGACAAACCUCCCAGCUACACUGAGUAUGAGCCCGGAAACAAACCGGGACCGAGGAGGAACGAGCACUACUCUGUGAAGAGCUCUCGGAGCGGCACCAGCGUCGUCAUCUGAACCGAGCCGUGAAAACGCCCUUUGACCUCUUGUUUCUAAGCACACGCACACCUCACUUGAACUGGAAGUCGAUGUCAAACUCCGGCGGAAUUUGAAAUGACUUACGAUUCAUCAGGAUGAGAAAUUUGUGUCGGCCUGUUUAUGUUCAGAAAAUGUACGCAUGAAAUACAGUUGCAAAAUAUUUGGCACAGAAAUCACCAUGGUAACAGGCAAAGCUUUCCACCUAGCCUGGGAGCGCGUAGAAAUUGCUCCCGGUAGCUUAAAAGUACUUUAUAAUGUACAGUAUGUCAAAUAUGUAAACGCCAUUUACAGGUUCAUCAAUGAAAUCUGAAGGUUGGUGAAUGUUGAGCCCGCCCACCCCACUCCUGGAAAUGAUCCAAUUUAUUUUAUGAAUGCUAACAACACGUAGGAUGAGUAUGAAAGCGCUUAAUGGCUCAAUAGCGUUGGACCACUCACCAAAGUUGAACUCCUGUAUGGUACUGAAUAUUUGAAGUUUUCUUUGCCUUUAUUUUGUGCAGUCAUUUAUGUGAAGCGUAAAAUUAUUGCAGCAUUUUUUUUAGUAUAGUUGCAUGUAAAAAAUCCAUUACUGUAAAUAAUAUAUAUGACGUACUCUAUUAUUUUUGUGGGAAAUCGAGGAUGCUUCAUAGCAAUUUCUAGGGUGCAACUUUAAACGUCCAAAUGUUGAACGUAUGAAACUUUCACAAGUUUGUAAAAGAAAAUGAAGAGUAUUUUUGAUAAUUCAAGUGUGUACUCUGCAUUGUUUGAAUUUGAAUAAUAAAGCGUUG